CCCAAUUUUAUUCCUCCACAUCAACAUCACAAUGUACACUCGCAACCAGGUUCUCGCGGCUCUCGCCCUCGGCGCCACCUCGGUCAACGCCGCCAUGGGUCCCGCCUUCAGCACUGGCCCUGUCUCCUCCAACUCCUUCAUCCGUGAAGCCACCUCGACUCUCGUCCUCCCCAACGGCCCCAGCGGUGGAUCAUCCGAUGCCAUCACCUCCCUGUGGGUUGGUAUGGGCACUUCGAACGGUGACUUGAUCCAGUCCAUUGCCGACAACUGGCAGCAGAGCGACUGGACCAUGUACGCCUACACUCUCAAGGUGACCGGCGCAACCUCCCAGGAGCCCAUCUACGGUGAUGGCCAGGCUGAUGGCACCAAGGGUGACAAGGUCACCAUGCACUACAAGUUCGAGGAUUCCACCGGUAACUACACCCAGACCGUUUUGAUCAAUGGCAAGACCGUCUCCACUCUCUCCACCAGCGAUGCCAAAGCCGAGGGCUGGGGCAGUGCUGUCGAGUGCGCCGAGGAUAACUGCGGUACUAUUGGCGCUCACUCCUGGAUCGAUACCAAGAUCAUUCUCGAUGUUGCUGACCCUGACUACAUCAACACCAUGGCCAAGGGUGAGGGUGUGACUGGUGACAUGUCCACCACCGACGGUGGCAAGACCUGGACUGUCACCACCAUUGAUAUCCCUGAGUUCUCUUUCUCUUCUUAAGUGUGCUGCAAUUGACCCGGCUGGAAUGGGUUGUUAGGAUAGCGCUUGAUCUUCUCUU